UUCCUAUAAAUAAGCGGACAGCAAGUGGUCUCACAUUUAUUUUGAGAGCCGUUAAUUCCGCGAAUAUACAAUAUUCAAAAGCACUUACCAGGAUUUCAAUCGAGAUUAACCCUGCAAACAUGAGUUCAUCCAUACGUGAGAAUGGUAAUAGCAGUAAGCCAGUGAAGAAGAACGCAGUCCUGGUGGAUGGAGUGUAUCUGAAUGGCCCCAUCAUGAAUUCCAAGGCUGGAGAGCGCUUUGUGGAGGAGGCCUUCCCUAUCAUCAUGGAGGAGGCUAUAAGGAAGGCCACGGACGUAAAUGAGAAGGUGUGUGAGUGGCAGCCCCCCGAGGAACUGAAGCAGCUCCUGGAUCUGGACCUGAGGGAAGGUGGUGAAGCUCCCCAGCAAAUCCUGAAACGCUGCAAGGAUGUCAUCAAAUACAGUGUCAAAACAGGUCAUCCCAGAUUUUUUAACCAGCUGUAUGCUGGCAUGGAUCACUACUCACUGGUCGCACGCUUUAUCACAGAAGCUAUCAACCCCAGUGUGUAUACAUUUGAGGUGUCCCCAACCUUUGUGAUGAUUGAGGAAGUUAUUUUGAAGAAGAUGAUUGAAUACGUAGGCUGGAAAGAAGGAGGUGAUGGUAUCUUCAGUCCAGGAGGCUCUGUUUCCAAUAUGUAUGCUGUGAAUCUGGCCAGAUACAAGCACUGCCCCAGUAUAAAAGACGAGGGCCUUUCUGGUAUGCCAAGGCUGGUUAUGUUCACUUCAGAAGAGUGCCACUAUUCAAUAGGCAAAGCUGCUGCCUUCCUCGGUAUUGGCACAAAGAACGUAUAUGUCGUCCCAGCUGACGAAAGAGGUAAGAUGAUUCCAGAGGAGCUGGAGAAACAAGUCCAGCGAGCUGUGAAGGAGGGGGCUGUUCCAUUCAUUGUCUGUGCCACUGCUGGCACCACAGUACUGGGAGCCUUCGACCCCCUUGAGAAGAUUGCAGACAUCUGCCAAAAGCAUGGACUCUGGUUCCAUGUUGAUGCAUCGUGGGGUGGGGGAGCUCUGAUGUCAAACAAACACUGCCAUCUUCUGAAUGGCAUUCAAAGAGCUGACUCAGUAGCCUGGAACCCACACAAGAUGCUCAUGGCUGGUCUCCAGUGCUGUGCGUUCUUGGUGAAAGACAAGACAGGCCUCUUUGAGAAGUGUCACUCUUCCCAGGCCUCCUACCUCUUCCAGCAGGACAAGUUCUAUGAUGUCAGCUAUGACACAGGAGACAAGUCAAUACAAUGCAGCCGGCGGGCAGAUGCCUUCAAGUUCUGGCUCAUGUGGAAGGCUGUAGGAACCCGGGGUCUGGAAGACAGGGUCAACAGGGCUCUUGCAUUAGCCAGGUAUUUAGCAGAAGAAAUCAAGAAAAAAGAAGGGUUUCGUCUGAUUUUGGAGCCAGAGUAUGCAAACGUGUGCUUUUGGUACAUCCCACCCAGCCUGAGGAACAUGCCAGAUGGCCCAGAGUUCUGGAAGAAACUUCACCAGGUGGCUCCAGUGAUCAAGGAGAGGAUGAUGAAAAAGGGAUCAGUGAUGGUGGGCUACCAGCCUCACAGGGACAAAGUGAACUUUUUCCGACAAAUUAUCAUCAGCCCGCAGGUGAGCCGGGAGGACAUGGACUUCGUGCUGCAAGAGAUUGAGGCCCUGGGCAAGGACUUGUAAUGGCUUGGAGCCCAGCUCCAGGAACAUCGUGUUCAGCCUGUUUACACCAGCAGCCAUCAAGGACAAGCCUUACCUUGAGGCCCACACUUGAGAAUUGAAAAAUCCAAACAACAGUAGCAAUACAUACAAGAGUGAAAGGGAGAUUUGGUGGGGGGGGGGACGGGGGACUGUCCGGUUAGUCAGUACUGUGCACAGUUAGAGGUGUGCAGAUCUAAAUGAGUCAACGUUAUAAUUAGUUAACAUUUUAUUAAAUAUUGGUAUAUAUUACUUAAUUUUAAUUAUAGAAUUAGCUUGUUUGGACCAAGAACAAUCCUACUAAUGCAAAUAUUGACUAAAGCAAAACAUGCAUUUGUCUUCCAAAGCCAUAUCUAACUGUUACAUUUUACUUGUAUAUGUUACAGUUACAAUAUACAAAGAUGUUACAGGCUUUAGGCUGUUAAUAUGAUUUGCUCUGGUGGUAUAACCCUUGCAUUACCUGCUUAAUAUUUCUAACUGCUAAUUGAUCAUUGUCCUUGUAAUGUAACACACACACACACACACUUCUUAUAACAAUAACAAUAUCAUAAUACAGAUUUUAAUGUUUUAUAUUGUGUAUUGUAAAUUAACAUAGUGCAGUGGAGUUCCUGUUUUUUGUUUAGAGUAGGAUAACAAGGUUUCUUAUCAUUGAAAUGAUUUAAUCAAUUCCUGCUGGACUUUUUAAUGUUCAGAUUCAGCCUUCUAUCCCCAUUAGUUUCACACCACAUGAGGCUGUCUAUUCAGUAACAUUUAACUUAGGAUUUAGUUGUGUGCAUCUAUGUGUGCAUCUAAUGAAAUGUUACAGGACUAAAUCAGGAAAAUAUAGAGGAACAUAGGGGUAAAUAAGAUGAAAAGUAGUUUACAGAAUAUUUUUUGCUGUUUUAGAUUGUAUCAUUUUUAUUUAAAAUUUUGUGUGGUUUUCUGUAAAUUAUUAUAUGUAUACUGCUGAGCUACUUAAAUUCUAGCCAGGUAUGUUUUAAAGAAAUAUGGCAUUCCUUUCUUGUUGAUCUUAGCUGUGUGUAAUAAUCUCUACCAGCCAAGAUCACAGCUACGAUCUGGAAAAAACUAUCUGAAUUAAGUAAGAUUACUUUUUUUUUACAUCUUGUUCAUAGAAAGAGUUAAUAAAUAAUAUAUCAUUUCAUAGAAUGGAGAAUUAAAUGUAUUUAUUCAAAUAAUGCUUUAUAAAACAUCAAUGAAUUCUGAUGUUUAGCUUAUGAUGAAUUGACAGAUUGUUGUUCAAAAUAAAACCUGCUUCCUUAA